AUGCACUUCGUUAAAUGGGAUUUGUUGUUGAUUUUCUGCUGGUGUAAACUGGUUUCGCUGGCGCAUUGUUACACCGUUCACAUCAGUGAGGAUGCGGAGCCAAGGACGGUGGUGGCCGGUGUGGAGCAGGGCGCACGGUGUACUUUGGAUCAGGUACUCGCUCCGAAAUUCACUGAGCGGUUUCUGGAGACCGACUCAGCGGCAGGCAUUGUGUUUGUUUCUGACUCGAUAAAGUGCCCCGCGCUGCGCUCAAACCCCUUCACCGUGUACACUGUGGCGGACUGCACGGACUCUGCAGGUGCUGGCUCCGGCUACAGACACCUCAUCACCAGCCAAUACAACGUGCACGUUCACGGUAGGAACUGUUCAAACAAGCAUAAAAGAAAACCUGAGUGGGACAUGGAGGUCCUCAGUUUGUUUAGCACCCACAGCCAUCACCGCGCAGAGUGCCACCAGGCGGGCUCUGCUUUAUUCGCAGUGGGGGGUCUGCUACCUGGAGCCCCGACCCGCUGCAGAGUCACCAACAGCCGUGACUUUUACUUCUCUGGGGGGGACUUGUUUGUGUCUGAGACACUGUGCUGGAUGCAGGACACACUCCUCGAGCUGGACAUGCUCUGUGAUGUACUCACAGGAAAUGGUUUAAAAUCUAAAGUGAACCCCAUCUCCAUCCACUGGCGUGUGGGACAGGGCCCCUUUAGGCAGGGCCACAUAGAGAAGCUAUUAGAGAAGGCAUCUCAGUCAGAUUCAGGGAUUGUGAGCAGGAGGAGGAGAAGCAUCAACAGCAACCCACAGUUUCAGCCUCCAAUGUACCAAGUAUCUGUGGCCGAGAAUCAGCCUGCAGGCACUCCUGUUGUUGUUUUGAAAGCAGUGGAUGCGGAUGAGGGGGAGGCAGGCAGGCUGGAGUAUUUUAUAGAAGCUCUUUUUGAUAGCCGCUCCAACAAUCUUUUUGCUGUGGACCCAGUCAAUGGUGCUGUGUCCACAGUGGAGGUGCUGGACCGGGAGACUAAAGACACACAUGUGUUUCGUGUGACCGCAGUUGACCACGGCACACCCCGACGUACAGCCAUGGCAACCCUCACUAUCACAGUCCGUGACACUAAUGAUCAUGACCCUGUUUUUGAGCAGGAGGAUUAUAAGGAAAGCAUCAGGGAGAAUCUAGAAAUAGGCUAUGAGGUGUUAACUGUGAGGGCCACUGAUGGGGACGCACCAGUUAAUGGUAACAUCUUUUACAACAUCCUCAACAACAACGGGUCCAAUGAUGUAUUUGAGAUUGAUUCAAGGUCUGGUGUAAUCCGCACCAAAGGCCUGGUAGACAGAGAGGAGGUGGAAGCAUAUAUGCUGUUAGUUCAGGCAAAUGACCAAGGUCGUGACCCCGGGCCCCGUAGUGCCACAGCUACUGUUCACAUAGUGGUAGAGGAUGACAAUGAUAAUGCUCCCCAGUUCAGCGAGAAACGCUAUGUGGUUCAGGUGCCAGAGGACAUGGCUCCUAACACAGAGAUCCUGCAGGUGACUGCCACAGAUCAGGACAAAAGCAGCAACGCUAUGGUUCACUUUAGCAUCAUGAGUGGAAACACCAGGGGACAGUUUUAUAUCGAUGCUCAGACAGGUAAAAUGGACCUGGUGAGCCACCUGGAUUACGAGGCAAAUAAAGAAUAUACUCUGAGAAUCCGAGCUCAAGAUGGAGGACGCCCUCCACUGUCCAACAUCAGUGGCUUGGUUACCGUACAGGUGUUGGAUGUUAAUGAUAAUGCCCCCAUUUUUGUCAGCACCCCAUUCCAGGCCACCGUGCUUGAGAACGUGCCACUCGGCUACUCCGUCAUCCACAUCCAGGCAGUUGAUGCAGACUCCGGAGACAACUCCAGGCUAGAGUAUCGACUCACUGAGACCACGCCACACUUCCCCUUCACCAUCAACAACAGCACAGGGUGGAUUAUAGUAGCAGCCGAGCUGGACAGGGAGAGUGUAGAUUUUUAUAACUUCGGAGUGGAGGCCCGAGAUCACGGCUACCCUGUCAUGUCCUCUUCAGCCAGCAUUAGUAUGACUAUUCUUGACGUUAAUGACAACAACCCUGAGUUCACUCAGAAGGAGUAUUACAUGCGACUAAAUGAAGAUGCAACGGUGGGGACCAGCGUGGUGACGGUGUCAGCUGUGGACCAGGACAGCAACAGUGUGGUGACAUAUCAGAUAUCCAGUGGAAACACCCGUAACAGAUUCUCCAUCACCAGCCAGAGUGGAGGGGGGCUCAUUACACUGGCGCUGCCUUUAGACUACAAACUUGAACGCCAAUAUGUUCUCACAGUCACUGCAAGUGAUGGCACACGCUUUGACACUGCCAAGGUGUUUGUUAAUGUCACAGACGCCAACACACACCGACCUGUGUUUCAGAGCUCACAUUACACUGUCAACAUCAACGAGGACAGACCAGUGGGCACCAUUGUUGUGGUUAUAAGUGCCACAGAUGAGGAUACAGGUGAGAACGCUCGCAUCACCUACUUUAUGGACGACAGCAUCCCUCAGUUUGACAUAGACUCUGACACGGGCGCUGUUACCACACAGAUGGAGCUGGACUAUGAGGACCAGGUUUCCUAUACACUCGCCAUCACUGCUCGAGAUAACGGCAUCCCACAGAAGUCUGACACCACCUAUCUGGAGAUUCUGGUAAAUGAUGUGAACGACAACUCUCCCCGCUUCCUUAGAGACCACUAUGUAGGCUCUGUGAUGGAGGAUGUGCCAGUGUUCACCAGCGUGGUCCAGGUUUCUGCCACUGAUCGAGACGCCGGGUUGAACGGCCGUGUCUUCUACACGUUCCAGGGUGGGGAGGACGGUGAUGGAGAUUUUAUAAUUGAAUCCACCUCUGGUAUUGUUCGCACGCUGCGCAGACUAGACAGAGAAAAUGUGCCUGUUUACAACCUGCAGGCCUUUGCUGUAGAUAAAGGUGUUCCUGCUCUGAAAACACCAAUAAACAUCCAAGUAACAAUCCUAGAUGUGAAUGACAACCCCCCAGUGUUUGAGAAAGAUGAGUUUGACAUCAUGGUGGAAGAAAACAGCCCUAUAGGUGUUGUGGUUGCACAUAUAGUAGCCACAGAUCCAGAUGAAGGGAGUAAUGCACAGAUUAUGUAUCAGAUAGUGGAGGGAAACAUCCCAGAGGUGUUCCAGCUGGACAUCUUCUCUGGAGAGCUGACAGCAUUAGUGGACCUGGACUAUGAAACAAGGUCUGAGUAUGUUAUUGUGGUCCAGGCGACCUCUGCCCCUCUGGUCAGCCGUGCCACAGUUCACCUCAAACUUGUUGACAAAAAUGACAACGUGCCCGUGCUCAAAAACUUCCAGAUCAUUUUCAACAACUAUGUGACUGACAAAUCGAGCAGCUUCCCUACUGGAGUGAUCGGCCGCAUCCCCGCCCAUGACCCCGAUGUCUCGGAUCAGCUCCACUACAGCUUCGAGAUGGGCAACGAGCUGAACCUAGUGCUCUUGAACCAAACAACGGGAGAGAUCCAACUGAGCCAGGCCCUGGAUAACAACCGGCCCCUGGAGGCCUCCAUGAGGAUCUCAGUGUCAGAUGGCGUCCACUCAGUGUCUGCCCAGUGUCUUCUUCAAGUCACCAUCAUCACUGAUGAAAUGCUGUCCAACAGUAUCACACUGCGGCUGGCCAACACCUCACAGGAGCACUUCCUCUCCCUGCUGCUCGCCCAGUUCCUGGACGGUGUGGCCCGUGUCCUCUCCGCCGCCCCCGAAGACGUAGUCAUCUUUAACAUCCAAGACGACACGGAUGUCAGCGCUCGCAUCCUUAACGUCAGCCUGUCUGUGGCCGUGCCCGUGAUGGGGGAGGGACAGCAGCGCCCCCCUGGACUCGGCCAAGAAGGGGACAGGGGCGGCGGAGAGGUUGAAGGUGGUGGUGGAGGCGCAGAGUUUUUCGGGUCAGAGGAACUCCAGGAGAGGCUGUACUUAAACCGCAGCCUUCUGGCUCAGAUCUCCUCCCAGGAAGUGCUUCCCUUUGACGACAACAUCUGCCUGCGUGAGCCGUGUGAGAACUACAUGAAGUGUGUGUCUGUGCUGAAGUUUGACAGCCUGGCACCGUUUGUUGCCUCCGACACCAUCCUAUUCAGACCCAUCCACCCCAUUGCCGGGCUGCGCUGCCGCUGUCCUGCCGGCUUCACAGGAGACUACUGCGAGACUGAGAUUGACCUUUGCUACUCAAAACCCUGUGGAGCCCAUGGUGUGUGCCGCAGCAGAGAGGGGGGCUACACCUGCGAGUGCUUCGAGGACUACACAGGAGAGCGCUGCGAGCUGUCGUCCCGCUCUGGCCGCUGCGCUCCAGGAGUCUGUAAGAACGGUGGCUUGUGCGUGAACCUUCUAGUCGGCGGGUUUAAGUGCGAGUGUCCGUUGGGCGGCUACGAGAAGCCCUACUGCGAGAUGACCACACGCAACUUCCCUCCGCACUCCUUCCUGACCUUCAAGGGCCUCCGCCAGCGCUUCCACUUCACCCUCUCUCUCACAUUUGCCACCAAAGAGCCCAACGGUUUGUUACUCUACAACGGCCGCUUCAAUGAGAAACACGACUUCAUAGCCAUGGAAAUCAUCAGUGAGCAGAUACAGCUCACCUUCUCUGCAGGUGAGACCAAGACUACAGUUUCACCAUUCAUCCCCGGAGGUGUGAGCGACGGCCAGUGGCACAUGGUGGAAGUCCACUAUUACAACAAGCCCAUCUUAAACCAGGCUGGCCUGCCACAAGGCCCCUCGGACCAGAAGGUCGUGGUAGUGACGGUGGAUAACUGCGACUCCUCUGUGGCUUUGAGGUUUGGUCAUAUGAUCGGAAACUACACCUGCUCCACUCAAGGCAGUCAAUCAGGAUCCAAAAAAUCUCUGGACCUGACUGGACCUCUGCUUCUCGGAGGGGUCCCCAAGCUCCCAGAGGACUUUCCUGUUCUUAACCACCAGUUCGUGGGUUGCAUGAAGAAUCUGCGUAUCGACAACCAGCACAUUGACAUGGCCAGCUUCAUCGCUAACAACGGCACCAUGCCAGGAUGCUCUGCCAAAAGACAUUUCUGCAACAAUAACCCGUGUCUGAAUGGAGGAACCUGUGUGAACCUGUGGGGCUCCUUCAGCUGUGAUUGCCCACUCGGAUUUGGAGGACGAAACUGUGAAAGAGUUAUGGCUAGCCCACAGCGUUUCCUGGGUAACAGCCUGUUACAGUGGAACAACCUGGGGGCAGCGGCGGCCUCUGUCCCCUGGCAUGUAGAGCUCAUGUUCCGCACACGUCAGGCCAGUGCCACACUGCUACACAUCUCCUCCGGCCUACAGCACAACCUCACGCUGCAGCUGCGUGGGGGUAGUGUGCUGAUGGGGCUGCACAGGGGGGAAGACUCGACUCUCUCCCGUGUGGAGGAGGUGCUGGUGAACGACGGGGACUGGCAUCAUGUACAGCUGGAUAUUAGCAGCUUGGGAGGAGCAGCAAGCCACCACAAAGCUGUCUUAUCUUUAGACCAGGGGCUCUACCAGGCCAGUAUGAAUGUGGACGGGAAGCUGCGGGACUCCAAACUGAAGACUGUGAGCGUUGGUGGUUUAGCAAGGCCAGAUGGGAAAAUUCAACAUGGCUUCCGUGGCUGCAUACAGGGUCUGCGUGUUGGUGGGGCUCUCAGCCUGUCUCAGGCCAGAAAGGUGAAUGUGGAGCAGGGCUGUAGCGUGCCUGACCCCUGCAGCUCCAGCCCAUGUCCUGUCAACAGCUACUGCAGCGACAACUGGGACCGCUUCUCCUGCACCUGCCUCACUGGUUACUUUGGCACCAACUGCACUGACGCGUGUGCAUUGAACCCCUGUGAGCACGAGUCGAGGUGCACCAGGAAGCCGAGCUCGUCACGCGGUUACACCUGUGACUGUCCCAACAACUACUUUGGCCAUUACUGCGAGAAAAAGACUGAUUUGCCGUGUCCCAGAGGGUGGUGGGGUCACAAGACCUGCGGCCCCUGCAGCUGUCAGACAGAUAAAGGCUUUGACUCUGACUGCAACAAGACGAGCGGAGAGUGUCGCUGUAAGGACAACCACUACCGCCCUGAAGGCAGUGAUACCUGCCUGUUGUGCGACUGCUACCCGGUCGGCUCUUUCUCCAGAGCCUGCGACCGAGAGAGUGGCCAGUGUCAGUGUAAACCCGGUGUCAUCGGACGCCAGUGUGACCGCUGUGACAACCCCUUCGCUGAGGUUUCUCCUAACGGCUGUGAAGUAAUCUAUGACAGCUGCCCUCAGGCCAUCGAAGCAGGGAUCUGGUGGCCCAGGACUAAGUUUGGUCUCCCUGCAGCAGUUCCCUGUCCCAAGGGAACUCUGGGCACGGCGAUCCGCCACUGUGAUGAACACAAGGGCUGGCUGCCUCCCAAUCUUUUCAACUGCACCUCUGUCACCUUUAGCAAGCUGAAAGCUCUGUCUGAAAGGUUUUCCCGUAAUGCAUCGCUCCUGGACUUCGGACAUACUCAGCAGACGGCAGCCAUGUUGGCCAACGCAACCUUGCACACAGAGAAAUACUACGGCAGUGAUGUGAAAGUGGCCUACCGGCUGACACAGAGUCUCCUACAGCAUGAGAGCAACCAACAGGGCUUCAACCUCACGGCUACACAAGAUGUCCACUUCACUGAGAAUCUGGUCCGUGUGGGCAGCGCCAUCCUGUCUCCAGAGACACAGAAGCACUGGGAGCUGAUCCAGCACACGGAAGGUGGCACGGCGGUGCUGCUGCGCCACUAUGAGGAAUAUGCAAACACACUGGCACAGAACAUGAGGAAGACUUACCUCAGCCCCUUCACCAUCAUCACCCCACACAUUGUCAUUUCUGUAGAUCGUCUAAAAAAGAUGAAUUUUGCCGGAGCCAAACUCCCUCGGUACCAGUCCCUGAGGGGCCCUCGUCCUGCGGACCUGGAGACGGCUGUCACAUUGCCUGAUUCAGUCUUCCAGCCACCUGUGGACACCAAGGGCCACAGGCACCUGGACGUCUUCCCAGAAUCCUCUCUGAGGAACCGCUCAGCUAACAGGAAGAGACGCCAUCCUGAUGACAGCCAGCAGGAUGCUGUCGCUAGUGUGAUCAUCUUCCACAGCCUGGCCUCACUGUUACCAGAGAGCUACGAUCCUGACAAGAGAAGUCUGCGAGUGCCAAAGCGUCCGGUAAUCAACACACCUGUGGUGAGUAUCACAGUGCAUGACAACGAUGAGCUGCUGCAGCACACACUGGACAAACCCAUCACUGUGCAGUUCCGCCUGGUCACCACUGAGGAGCGCUCCAAACCCAUCUGUGUCUUUUGGAACCACACCAUACUUGCUGGUAAAGGUGGCUGGUCAGCGAAAGGGUGUGAGGUGGUUUUCAGAAACAGCACACACAUCAGCUGUCAGUGUUAUCACAUGACCAGCUUCGCAGUGCUCAUGGACAUCUCCAGGAGAGAGAACGGAGAGAUCCUGCCAAUCAAAAUCCUGACGUGGAGUACGGUGGGAGUAACGCUGGGCUUCCUCCUCCUCACCACCAUUUUCCUCCUCUGUCUGAGAGCCAUGCAGUGCAACAAGACGAGUAUAAUCAACAAUGGAGCCACUGCUCUCUUCUUCUCCGAGCUCAUCUUCAUCCUGGGCAUCAACCACGCCGACAACCCAUUUUUGUGCACAGUCAUCGCCAUCCUUCUACACUUCUUCUACCUCUGCACUUUCUCCUGGCUCUUCCUGGAGGGGCUGCAUGUCUACCGCAUGAUCAGCGAAGUCCGAGACAUCAACUAUGGACCCAUGAGAUUCUACUACCUGAUUGGUUGGGGGGUGCCUGCCUUCAUCACUGGUUUGGCGGUGGGACUGGACCCUGAAGGCUAUGGGAACCCAGACUUCUGUUGGCUGUCGAUGUACGACACUCUCAUCUGGAGCUUUGCUGGACCCAUCGCCAUGGUGGUGUCGAUGAACAUCUUCCUGUACAUCUUGUCGUCCAGAGCCUCCUGCACACUGAGACAUCAAAGCAUCGAGAAGAAAGAGACCCGAGUCUCGGGCUUGAAGACUGCAAGUGGGGUUCUCUUCCUGGUGUCAGUCACAUGCUUUCUAGCGCUCCUCUCUGUCAACAGCGAUAUGAUUAUCUUCCACUACCUGUUCGCUGGGUUCAAUUGCGUGCAGGGUCCCUUUGUUUUCUUCUUCCGCAUUGUCUUCAAUAAGGAAGCGAGGAAUGCCAUGAAAUACUGCUGCAGCCGCAAGCGUCCAGAUCAUAUGAUUAAAUCCGAAGCUUCUGGCUACAAAUGCAACACCAACUAUAUGGACGGCAGGUUGUACCACCUCCCCUUCGGAGACUCCAGUGUGUCUCUGAACGGCACCAUGCAGAGUGGCAAGAGCCUGCAGAGCUACGUACCAUUUGUCCUGCGGGAUGAUGGGUUAAGUAACAGUCAGGCGCACAUUGCUCUGAACGACCAUGCGUCACUCUUUCGUGAAAAUAAGGAACAUUUGGAUGAUCGCGACAGUGACUCAGACAGCGACCUGUCUUUAGAAGAUGACCAGAGCGGCUCCUACGCCUCCACGCACUCCUCUGAUAGUGAGGACGAGGAGGGCCCCCUCCCUCCAGAGGAAUGCUGGGAAAGCCUGGCGUCCAGUGUUGGCAAGAGACCACAAGCAAAUGACAACAGCCUGAGUAAGAUGUACUGGCCUUCAGAUUAUGCACCACCAAUGAGUGACAGUGAGCUCACAGCUGCAGACAGACUGAAGACAGAAAGUCCGGCCAAUUCUGAGCUGAGCCAUGGCCGCGACACCCGGACGUUACCAGACGACUGGACGCAGGACUCCAUGAUGGUUCUGCUGCCUAAUUUGCCAAACUUCAACGCUCACCCUCACAAAGGGAUCCUAAAGAAGAAACAGCUUUCUCCAAUCGUAGAGAGGAACGGUUUCAAUCGAAUCCACAAUGAACUGUGUGAAAACCCUCCAGGCACAGUGUCGUCACAGGAGUCGUCCGGCAGUGACAGACGAGCCGGGCCACCCAAACCUAGCCUCCCUGAUCAGCUGAACGGUGUCGCCAUGAGCAUCAAAGCUGGGACGGUGGAUGGUGACUCAUCAGGAUCAGACAGCCACUGCAACACCUCCAUAUGACUGCACUGAUGGAGGGGUGUGUCUUUGCAGGUCAUAGAGCCUCCUUCCUCAACACUGACUGCAAAAAGGGAGCACCGGACUUCCCCUUAAAAAAUUUAAAAACAAGUGGAAA